AAAAUUAAAUUCAAAAAUGGCAGCAUUCAUGCAUAUUGUUUAUAAAUCUCUCCUUCUUCUCCUCAUGGCAUCUCCUUUAAUGGCUGAUAAAGAAAACGUCCCAGUAUACGAAGAAAAUCCAUCCAACACCUGGGGAAAAAUAGGAGAAGAGAAAGUCGAGCAGAUUCGUCGUGAGGCCCAACACAGUACUUGUUGGAAAGAAGCCCUGGUGUCCCUUGAGACGAGCUGUAAGAACCUAUCAGACACCUCGCAGAGUCGACUAGCUCUCUCGUUUGCCAACUGUCACUUAGAGAGGUCAGGAAGGAGGACAUACCCUUGUAUUGGUGGGCAGAGCAUAAGAGACUGCACGUCUCCUAACGUCAUGGACAACUUUGCAUUCCAAACAUACACCGAAUUCUUCACCCACUCGUCUCACAUGUGCUUCUACCUUCAGAGCACGCUUUGGAGGGAGAGAACGGAGAGAACUAUCAACGAUUUGGGCAAAACCUCGACGGAAGUCGUCAGCAAGUUAGAGGAAAGUCUCGAGUAUCAUAAGAAAAUGGAAACCCUUCAAUCGACCUCCCUCUCAAACCAGAGAGACAUAUUGUCACACGAGCAGAAGAUAGCCUCCUCUAUACAGGCCGGCCAUACUAGAUUUAGCAAUUAUUUUGAAGAGAUGAUAGAGAAAGCGGAGAAACAGAAAUUGCUGCUCGACUCUAUUUUUAGCAACUUGAAUAAAGGAUUCGAUGGGAUCCAGUGGUUUUUAACGAGCAUACUAGGAGAAGUCACGUAUUUUGGAACUAUUUUAUUUUUCUUUUUAACCCUGAUUGUUUUAACUCUCCUCCCUCAAUUUGGAUACUCUCGUUUAUGGUUAUAUGUCACUUUAUUUUUUUACUUCAUUCUUGAAAGUGGAAUCAGACAAAUUUUUAUUUGGUUAUUUGGACUACAGUCACCACAAAUGAUGCCUUAUUUACAUACAUUCUUAUGGUAUUCAAGAUCUUCAGUUAUCAUUUUAAUACUUCCAGCUGUCUAUUUAUGGUGCUAUCUGGUUCAUUCUGACAUGCAGUCAAAGCAACUGAAACUAUUAAAGGACAUACAAGAUCAUUUGCACCUGCUAAAGGAUAAUGAGGCUCAGAACCAGAUUGAUUCUUAUGAGCGAAUUGAUUUUGAUGGAGUAGUCCCUCCUCUCUCUCCUCCUCCUCCUCCUGGAGUCCCAUUGUCUUCUUUCUAUCCCAAUGAUCCAGUGGCUCAUGACGAAUACAAACAAAUAAAGAGUGGGACUCAAUUAUUGGACUUUUUGAGCAGCAUAUACAUAAAGAAAGGUAUGUACGAUACUGCUGUGACAUUGGAGUCCAUUGAUGAUGAUGCUACCUAUCAACCUGAUGGACGAAUAGACACAAUUGAAGAAGAAGCAGAAACAGACGAUGAGUCAUCCUCAUCAUUGUUACAACAUUCUUUGUUGCCCAGACCUCCAUUAUCCCAUGCUCCUCAGUAUAAUAUCACUCCUCACAGGAGAAACAGACUGGGAGCUAUUGAAAUUCAUCAAGAGCAACGAGUGAACUCGUCUCAUGAUGACAGUGGUAUAAACAAUGACCAGUUUAGCUCUUUCUCUUCUCCUGUGACUCGUUAUGACCUACGGCCCAGGAGAAGCACACCUAGACGUAUAUAAAGCUAACACUAAUUAUACUUAUAUGUAAUGUUACUUAAACUUAUACUUCUGUAAUGUUACUUAGCACUUUCAUCAUGUACAUGUAGGCUGCUCUCUCUUCCUUGUAUUAUAAUGAAAUACAAAUUUUUAUUUCUUAUUGUCCUUCUUGAUAUGAACUGUUUAUUUUAUUUUCCUCUUCUUAUUGUUGCUCCCUUCUCUUUUCCCUUGACCCUUUUCCCCCUCUCUCUCUCUGUUAAUUGGUGUAUUGUUAUUGUUUUUGUGAAAUUCUCAAUGCUUCUAUUAGCAGUUCUCAGUUCUUAUUCA